UCGGGUUAAGGAUUCGUGGAUCAGAAUCACACUUGACCGUUAACCGCCUCGAACGACGGCGACGAAAGAGGACAGACUCCUCGUCUCUUCGACGGAGAUCAUUUAACUCAGGCUCGAUCGCCUCGUUCGUUCGUUGAUCGUAUUCUCAAAGUCGACUCGCGCCUACUCUAAUUUCACAAUUCCAUCUCGGCUGAAUGUAAGCGAAAAGCUUUGGAUUCUCUGAUUCCGUGUGUGUGUUAUGGACGCUCCCAAUCCCAAGCGUCCGCGACCUUGCCAUGACCCUUCUUCGGUUGUCAAAGAUCCCAGCUCCCUCCAUCUCGCUCCAGGUUUCAACCAAAGCAACGUGGAUAUGACCAUCUCCUCUUUCCUUUCCUUGUCGGACUUUCCUUUGUUCUCCUCGCCACUCUCCAUCGGCUGCUCUUUCGAUCGAGUGCUUGAUAAAGUUGGGACUUCCAUUGAUGGCUCCGACCAUGAUCGUUUCCUGGAUCGUACUCUCCAACUCGCGUCGCUUCUUCACAACUCCACCAAGCGUUGCAUAAGGAAACGCGCCACCCUCCACAACUCCAUAUCCUGGCCUCUUCUCCCUGAACUAACCACCAAGGUUUUUUCAAUGCUUGAUACCAACUCUCUAAUGCAAGCUUCUGUAUGCUGCACAAUGUUCAACAAGUGUGCCAUGGACCGUGUAUGUUACUCCCACAUCGACCUGACUAUGGCUGCCACAAAUGUUGAUAAUGGUGUUGUGUGUAUUAUGAUCCAUCGGGCUGGAAAAGAACUCAGAUCCCUCAAACUUGGUUCUAUUUCUUCCACAUCAACGUUUUUGCUUACGAGAUCUUGUCUUGCUCCACUAUCUUUUAAUCACGGUUUUGCUGGGGGUCUCUUGAGAAGCCUACACCUUUACAAUCUGACACUCACGCCUGGAAAGUCCUUAUGUGCUGUGUUGUCAGUCUGUCCAAAUCUCACUGAUUUGAAGGUUAUUGGAUUUAUAUCAGGUACUGACAAGGUACAUUCAGUAGAGCAUCUAGCGCCAAUCACUAAGAAUUGUCGCUUGAUAGAGCAUUUGUUCUUAGAGAACUGUGGUGCAGCAGGACCCCCAUCAAGUUCAUCCGUGGUUGAGUUUGUGGAUAAUUGCCCCAACUUGAGCUCGCUAACACUCUUUCAAUUUGGGGUAAACGACGCAAUGACCCGAACUAUAAUUAUGGGUUUUCGUCAACUGAAGUACAUAAACCUGUCUGGAACUUAUGGAAUUAGUGGUUCCUUUUUGAGGGAUUUGGGACUUAGCUGCAAAGACAGUCCACUCGAGACUCUAUUGUUGCGCGACUGCUAUUAUCUAAAAGAGAGAGAAGUGUUGCUGUUUUUGAAUUCAGUACUUGCGGGAGACUUCAAAUCAAUUCGGUACAUUGACAUAUCAAGCAAACACGGUUUAGUCUCUGAUGGUGGGAUUGCAACUUUUGAACCAAAAUUUCCUAUUGAGGAGCUGAAGAAACAAAAACCAGGUGUCACAUUUGUCGCAAUUUUUCCAGCACCAUCAUCGUCGUCGUCGUCAAGCUCGGAAUUAUAUUCAGACAGUACAUCUUCUUCCGGGAGUUCUUAUUACAGCUACGGGGAGGACGAGGAGGAGUACGACGACUCGGGGUAAUGUUAACUUUUUUCUUAACUUUUUGUACAUAAAAGGCUGUUAUUUGACAUGAUGUUUCACUCACAUUGGGGUUUCUUUGCAUUUUACUUUUUUUUUUGUAAUCAUGUCGUUACUAGACCAAUCGUAUUUUCUGAAGCAUUUGGUUGAAAUGUUUUUAAACCACAUCCAAAGUGAAUGUAGUUCAAUUUCCUAUGGAA